ACCUAACCAGAGAUUUGUCCUCGUUGAAAGUCAAAUGAAGUAACCUCCUGCCCACGCUUAACAUCAUCACAUCUACGUUCUUCCACACCAUUUUGAAUAUUAAUUGUUGCGCAUAUAUCUAAUCCUAGCAUAAUCUCUGAUCCAAGCCAUGACGCCAACGACAAGAAGCCACCCCUAGAGCCAACUCCACACCGCCUUCCCCAUCCCCCUAUAAAUUACUUGUUCUCCUCGCUCCAUCUUCGUUCAUUCUCCGAUACUUGAGUUGAUUUGCAGCUUAGGUAGUAAUUUGUUAACUAUGGCAGACGAAAGGGUUGUCCUGUUGGGUUCGUGGGUGAGCCCUUUUCCAAUGAGGGUCAAAAUCGCGUUGGGCGAAAAGGGCAUAGAGUAUGAAUCCAGAGAAGAAGAUGUGAGCAACAAGAGCCCUCUGCUUCUCAUCACCAACCCUGUUCACAAGAAGAUCCCUGUUCUGAUCCACAAGGGGAAGCCUCUGUGUGAAUCUCUCAUAAUAGUUCAAUACAUUGACGAGGUGUGGAAUGACAAGUCUCCUCUGCUGCCUUCUGAUCCCUACCACCGAGCCCAAGCAAGGUUUUGGGCCGACUUCGUUGACAAAAAGAUACACUACAUAGGGCGACGACUGUGGACGGGGACAGGGGAGGACCAAGCAGCUGCAAGGAAAGAGCUGAUAGAGUGCUUCAAGCUGUUGGAAGCAGAGCUUGGGGAAAGGACUUACUUUGGUGGCGAAAAUAUUGGGCUGGUGGACAUUACUCUGGUGCCCUUUUACAGUUGGUUCUACGUGUUCGAGACAUUUGGGAACUUCAGCGUGGGAGCAGAGUGCCCAAAACUCGUGAGAUGGGCCAAGAGGUGCAUGGAAAAGGAGAGCGUCGCCAAAGUACUGCCUGACCAAAACAGAGUUUAUGACUUCAUUGUGGAACGGAGGAAGAAGCUUGGAAUCGCGUAAUAUAGUAUAUAUAUAUAUAUAUAUAUAUAUAUAUAACUAAGUGUACUGCUUGUAGGGUUUAUGUGGAUGGAGGCGGGGUAAUAAAGCUUGUAUGCAUAAGAGGGUUUUGUGCAUCUUUGUUUCCGUUCUACAUUUUCUUUUUAUUUUUAUUUUUGGUAAAUCCUAUGUGAGACUGCUUCCUAGGUUGGUCAUUUCCAAGUAGGGUUUGUGGGUUUUGGUUUGUGUACUCCAAAAUAAAUUUAUAAAUCCAGGGCAGUGGUUCGAAGUUUGGUGACUAGUGGAAGCAAUCUUUCAGUAAAUUGUAGGAGUUUAAAUAAGUAAAAUAAGAAUUUGCUUUGAUCAA